CGUCUGUUGCUUAAUAUGCCAUCUAGACCUUUCUGAGUCACCAACCGAGACAACUGGGUUGUUUAUCACGGUCCAUUGAGGAGUGACGAUACUUGGAGAAAAAGAUAAUGCCACAUUUCUUGUGGCCAGAGCCGCUGUCACCCGCACAACUCAAGCGACUAGAGGAGCAUAAAUACAGCGCCUCGGGUCGCUCCCUGUUUGAGCCGCCGUGUCAGAUUUAUUGGAACUGGCUGGUCCAGCAAAUACCGACAUGGAUCGCUCCAAACACACUGACUAUUGUUGGACUCUUAGUCAACGUCCUUUCCACGGUGGUACUUGUGUAUUWUUGCCCCACAGCAACAGAAGAGGCUCCACCAUGGGCCUUCAUCCUGUCUGCCUUGGGCCUCUUCAUCUAUCAGUCUCUGGAUGCCAUUGAUGGGAAACAGGCCAGGAGGACAAACAGCAGCUCACCUCUUGGGGAACUCUUUGACCACGGCUGCGACGCCGUCUCCACAGUUUUUGUUGCAGUGGGAACAUGUAUUUCAUGUGGAAUAGGAAGAUACCCAAACUGGAUCUGGUUCUGUGGAUUUAUCGGGAUGUUUAUGUUCUUCUGUGCCCACUGGCAGACCUACGUAUCGGGGACCCUCCGCUUUGGGCUGGUCGACGUCACCGAGGUGCAGUUUGCCAUCAUGAUCAUGUACGUGAUGUCAGCCUUCGGAGGCGUGAGCCUUUGGCAAACUUCGUUACCCGUCCUCGGACUGCAGCUGUACGUCUUCCCCAUCCUGGGCAUCAUCGGGGGCGCCCUGUACUCCUGCUACAACUACUUUUAUGUGAUUCUGAACGGGGGAGUCGGCAAAAAUGGCUCCACUGUGGCGGACACCAGCGUCCUGAGUCCUGGUUUGCACAUCGGCCUCACCCUCAUGCUGGCUUUCAUCAUCUUCAAAAAGUCGUCCAGCCAUUUAUUUGAGCACCACCCCUGCCUCUACCUGCUCACCUUCGGCAUGGUCGCCUCAAAGAUCUCCAACAAGCUGGUGAUUGCACACAUGACCAGGAGUGAGUUAUACCUUCCAGACACAGCUUUCAUUGGGCCUGGCCUCCUCUUCCUCAACCAGUACUUCAACAGCUUCAUUGAUGAACACAUCGUCCUCUGGAUCGCCAUGGUCCUCUCGUGUCUGGAUCUAGUGCGAUACUGCACAGGCGUGUGCCUCCAGAUCGCCUCCCACCUGCGCAUCAGAGUCUUCAGCAUCACGCCGCCGAGUAACGCCCACCAUCGAGACUGACGGCUUGCCCGGCGGGAGGAGGCGGGGGACGACGCAGAGUUCCCCCCGCUCCUGAAAGCAGACGACGACCACGAGGAGGAGAGCCCCUCGAGCCAGAGCCACUGCAGCCUCCACAAAGUAACCACUUCUGAUUAAAGCUGCCUCAGCCUCAAGAAGGAACAACCAACCCAACACUGAAAACCAAAAAAAAAAAAACAAACAAACAAACAUUUAUGUUAAAUGGAAAUUGUUUUCUUUAGAAUUCUGUUUGUAGAAGCCAAUCUGUUUUUAAUUUAAGCAUCAGUGCAUGUUUUAAAAAGAUAAAGUUUAAAGUCAAAGAAGCAUUUCUUGCUCCUAAAUACCAAAAUAUUUUCAGCUUAAUGUUUUUUCAUUAUUUGGGCAAAUUUCAAAGCAUUUUUCUAUCUGCUUUAAAUUAAUUAAUAAAGUCAACAAACCUCACUAAUAUCAAACUAAUUUGUUUCUAUUUAAUUGACUUGUAUUUAAUAAACGUUUGAAUUUGACAUAAAUCUGAGCUUUAAAAAGCAGAUAAUAAAAAAAAUAAACAAUUAACCUUUUAAAACCUCAAAUUCCUAUGAAGUCUGGGAUGUGAACUGGCAGGUUGUGUACGAGCUCUGAAAGGUUAAAGGUCGCGUGUUGAUGCUGAAACUGACGACGGGUACUUCUAGAUCUUUCCACCAACACCACUCUAYUUACAAGUUAUUUUGACCUGAUUGUUGUCCUGGAGAUAUGUACAUCUUAAAAACACAAAAAACUUUGAGUGCCGUCGACCAAUGAAGCAUCAACACUCGACUCGUUCUGCUUUCUCAUUUCUUCUCCCUAAAGGGCUAAGACUUAAUUGUGUACGAUUAUACAGAAACGAACUGAAUACGCCUUAAAUAUUUUAUUUUUGUUUGUUGUAAUUACUGUUUUACUUGUGAAUAUUUAAUGUCUGUGGGGUUUUUUUUUUCAUUGAACUUUUAACAGAUACAGCAAUAGUUACAAUACUACAAACUCUACUGGAAGUUUUUGUUGUUUUUACUAACUUCACUCAUACGCGUCACAUUCUUGUCUGAGUAAUUUAUUUUAAAGAUCUGUUGCAUUUAUCCGUAAUUGUAUGAUGAUUGAAUGUUACCGAAGCGUAAUUUGAUGAAUAAUUCAGGUUCUUUGGAAUUAAAAAGGGAUUUUUCAAUAAAAUCUGUAAACUUUGUGUUAAAA